CUUCAGCAGAGAGAGCUGGUUCAACCAGAAGCAGGACCGCCUAUAUCAGAUAGAACAAGAGCCAUUCUGAGCCCUGGAAACCUGGAGUGGAAAUUUCCAGCUGCUCUCCACCACUGCAAGCCAUCGAUUAGGUGCAGAUCGUCCAGGGGAUGCUCAUCGGAGGACAGAGCCGGGGAUAUGUAAUGCGUCCCGGCACUGGAUAAAGCCUUUCUCGAACAACACUGUCUCGGAGGUUUGUCGGGAUACUUUUACAUUGAUACAGAACAGGAAAAACGAACAAAAUGCCAUUAUUCAGCAAAUCACACAAGAAUCCUGCAGAAAUAGUGAAAACUCUGAAGGAAAACAUGGCCAUAUUAGAAAAGCAGGACAAGAAGACGGAGAAAGCUUCUGAAGAGGUGUCCAAAUCACUUCAAGCCACAAAGGAAAUUUUGUGCGGAACUGGAGACAAGGAGCCUCAGACGGAAACCGUGGCUCAGCUAGCACAAGAGCUGUACAACAGUGGCCUGCUAGUGACCCUAAUAACCAACCUGCACCUCAUAGACUUUGAGGGUAAGAAGGAUGUGUCACAGAUAUUCAACAAUAUCUUGAGAAGACAGAUUGGCACACGCUUGCCCACAGUGGAGUAUAUUAGUUCCCAUCAACAUAUCCUCUUUGUGCUAUUGAAAGGGUAUGAAUCCCCUCAAGUGGCUUUGCAUUGUGGGAUAAUGCUUCGUGAGUGCGUCCGUCACGAGCCGCUUGCCAAAACCGUCCUGUACUCUGAGCAGUUUGAAAACUUCUUUAAAUAUGUGGAAAUGUCAACAUUCGACAUAGCUUCCGAUGCCUUUGCUACAUUUAAGGACUUGCUCACACGGCACAAGCUGAUAGUAGCUGAAUUUCUAGAACAGAACUACGAUAGAAUAUUUAAUGACUAUGAAAAGCUUCUACACUCUGAGAACUAUGUAACUAAAAGGCAGUCAUUGAAGCUGCUGGGGGAGCUAAUCCUGGACCGACACAACUUUCCCAUCAUGACAAAGUACAUCAGCAAACCCGAAAAUCUGAAGCUGAUGAUGAAUCUGCUGAGAGACAAGAGCCCCAACAUCCAGUUUGAAGCGUUCCAUGUGUUUAAGGUAUUUGUAGCAAAUCCAAACAAAACGCAGCCCAUCGUGGACAUCCUGCUAAAAAACCAGACCAAGUUAAUUGAGUUCCUGAGCAGUUUCCAAAAGGAGAGGACGGAUGAUGAACAAUUCUCAGAUGAAAAGAACUACUUGAUCAAACAGAUCCGAGACUUGAAAAAACCCAGCCCAUGAUGAUCUCCCGCACUGCAUCCACCACCGAUCAUCUGAUUAAGUGUUUUACGGAAUUGUCAUGGCAUUGUCAGUGCCUACGUUUUUGUUUCUGUUUAGUUUCUUAGCUGCCAAGAGUAUAAAGGUUUUAUAUUAAAACUUAAAAAAA